UAUUGUACAUGAAUAUCAAUACCUAACAAACAAUACUUCGAAGUCAUCAAGAAUUAUGUAUGUACUUAUCCAAAAGAAUGAAAUCGGGGUAUGUUCCAUGUUCGGAUUCACAAAAAUCGUACAGCUGCUCUAGCGACACUCAGACAUGUUCAAAGUGAAACCAACAACAAUACUAUUGAUUCUUUUCAUUCUUCUGUUGACAUCCGAAAAUUGUUUGAAAAACGUGUUCACGUGAUUUUUUUGUUUCGACUGUUCAUAAUAAUUCGAAGUAUUUCAAAAGUCGUACAUUGAAGUGAAUUUACAAUAAUUAAUUCCUCGUUUUGUUUGUGUAUUUGAGACACAGUGUAUAUUUGAGACCAAUUUUUCUAAAAAUGUCGUUUCAAAAUAAUGGCGAAAUUGAUCAAUCGGAUGAAAUAUUGCAAUUUUUAAACAAUAUUUGCAUGAAUGAUGAUAGUGCCGAUGUGUUGUUCAUCAUUGAAAAUACAAAAAUACCAGCGCACAAAGUGAUUCUAUCAGGUCGAUCUUCAUAUUUUCAAUCGUUGUUUUUUGCUGGCUUUUCUGAGACAAAGAAACCUGAAAUCGAAUUAAAAGUUCCGUUGGACGCAUUUAAAGCGAUUCUAAAAUACAUUUAUACUGGAUGCGUGUCCCUAGCUACUUUAGAAAGUCAUCAAAUAGUGGAGAUUUAUGAUCUGGCAAAUCAAUAUGGCUUCGAUACACUGAAGACGAUCAUUUUGGAGUAUUUAACAGUCAAUCUAACGUUGGAAAACUGUGUUUCAACGUUGGAUGCGGCUCAUUUAUAUUCUCUGGAUGAUGUGCAAACCUCGUGUAUGAAGUUUAUGGAUUGCCAUUCUAACGAGUUCCUCGAUCAUAUCACUUUUAAAGAGUUACCACUCACUUCACUAUGUGCCUUACUGAAGCGAGAUACAUUCUACGCACCGGAGAUCGAUAUUUUCAAAGCGAUCUGCAAUUGGUCAACAAACAAACCAGAUGAUGAUAUCAAGGAGGCGCUUUCAACAGUACGCUGGUCAGAAUUGAGCAUGGAUGAUUACUUGAAUGUUGUUGUACCAAGUAACAUUUUAGAUUCAACUCAACUUUUAAACACGAUGAAUCGUAAAUCAACUAACAAAACUGGUCGUACACAAUGUCGCAUACCAUAUUCACAAAAACAUAUUGAAGAAAAUUUUGUAACAACUGAAAACGGUGCGAAAUUUAUUUGUGGUGAAGAUAAACCAAAUUUUGGUAUAUAUAGGAAAUAUUGUGUAUAUCAUGCAAUAGACGGUAAAGUGUAUUCUAAACCUGAACUUCGUCGUAGCAAAUAUCUGCAACCAAAGGAUUCAUCUAUAAUUGUCGACCUGGGUGAUGUCCGAUUCAUAAAUUAUAUUAAAAUGUUAUUAAAGGACGAUGAUUCCCGUUCGUAUUCAUAUUACAUUGAAAUAUCACUCGAUGGAAAAAAGUAUACAAGAUUAUUCGAUCACACCAAGUAUUACUAUCGGUCUUGGCAAAAUUUAUAUUUUAAAUCACGUCCAGUUCGAUUCAUCAAAAUGGUUGGCACACGCGCCAUUAACAUAGAGAAAAAGCGAAUGGCUUAUAAAUGGCGAAAGAUCGAGUACAACUCGUUCGACGUUAUGGAAUUGCAAGCAAUGUUUACCAAAAAGAAUUAUCCAGAGUUCGUUGAUGGUGUUAUAAGGCCAAGCAAAAAUGUUGCUAAAGUGCAAUGUGGCGCUUCUAUUGUUCAAGGAGGCGACGGUCAUAAUAAUAUGUUGAACGAAAAUCCAAAUAAAUUUACGUGCCACGAAGUUGACUCUUACAUUCUAUUACAAUUCGGUCAACCAUACUACAUCGACUCGUUGCGAAUGCUGCUUGGCAACAAUAUGAACCAAUCGAACCAAUAUUCGUUUUACAUUGAGACAUCGAUGAAUAAAUCAAAAUGGCAGAUGGCGGUCGAUAAACGAAAUGAAACCCUGUCAGGAUGGCAAGACUUCGAUUUUGAACCGCGUCCAGCUAUUUUCAUCAAAAUAACCGGAACGCAAAGUGAUAAUAGUUUUCUUUGUACAUACUUCGAGUGUCCACGCAACCUACAGAAGCCGAAAUUUAAACAAAGUGAAUAGAGGUAAUAAUCCAUCUUCCGGGGAAAAAGUAACUGAAGCCAAGAAAAUGACAGAAAUAACAGCUUUUAAUCAGAAUAAAUGUUUAACUUUCAUAUCAAUUACACAGUUUAUUUCACCAAACUACUUUUAAUUUACAAUAUCGUCUUUUGCAUUCGUGAAAGGAAUUUAAUAAAUGAUUAGUAUAUUAAAUGAUCGAAA